AACAGAAGAUUGGAGUGCAAAUGUUGGGAAAAGGUGUUGGCAGUUUUGUUAUUUGUGAUGAAGCUCGGGGGUGUAUUAUUGUUAUUUGUUGGUAAUUCUAUGCAGCGUUAUCUGAUAAAAAGAGAGGCGAAGCCUCGGUGAGGCGAGGAAAGUGUAAUGGCGAUGUUGUUUAUGGCCCCCGCGAAGCUCAACUUUUUACGAAUCUUGCCAUCGCCAUCGCCACCCUUAUUGAAGCCUGCACGUUGCGCACCACUCCCGCCAGUCCAGCAAAGUUCUUUUAAGGUUGAUGCAGCAAUUAUCUGUGAACCUUGCAACGGCAAAGGAUGGUUACUUUGUGAUUUUUGCAAAGGGCAAAAAACCAAUGUGAGAGCUGAAAACAAGCGAAUCUAUCGCCGAUGCCCAUCUUGCAGAGCUACUGGAUACAUCUUGUGCUCAAAUUGCAAAGUUUUCAAGUGUGUUACCUUCCCAAAUUCUAGCGAUGGUGCUGACCUAUCUUUUUGAGCCUCUAAACUCUUCUGGUUUGCUAAGGAUGUUGAUCCUACAAUUUGGCGAGCAUUGAACCAGAAACUAUGUACAUGAAGGUGGAUUUAAUUGUUUUGAACAGUUUACUUUGAGGUUGUUUGUCUUCUCCUUCUGUAUGAUUCUCCCCCUCAAGAAGAUUGUCUUUGAGUGGCAUUAAUGUAAUUUCCAUAUUACUAGUUGGAAAAGGAAAAGAAAUGGAAUGAUUGAGUUUAAACCACUGUAUUUCUUUAUAUUGAUGUGCAUGAUGCA